AUGGCUUCCAAACACUUCAAAAUCAUCUCCAUCUUCUUCCUCUUGAUUUCCUUGUUCUCAGUUCAAGUCCUCGCAGUAGUUAAAGAGUGUGGUGAAGAAGAAACCAACAGCUGCAACAACAAAAAGAAAGCCUUGCCGCUCAAGAUCAUAGCCAUAUUUUCCAUUCUCAUCACGAGCAUGAUUGGGGUGUGUUUACCCCUACUUACGCGCUCAGUCCCGGCCCUUAGCCCUGAACGAAGUCUCUUUGUGAUCGUUAAGUGUUUCGCGGCAGGUAUCAUUUUGGCUACUGGGUUCAUGCACGUUUUACCAGAUUCAUUCGACAUGUUGUCGUCCAGUUGCUUGAAGGAAAAUCCGUGGCACAAGUUCCCUUUCACUGGAUUCGUCGCCAUGUUGUCUGCCAUAGUUACAAUGAUGGUAGACUCUAUGACAACAAGUAUAUAUUCUAAGAAAAACAAGAAUGAAGUUCUUCCUGAGUCUCAAGGAGAUCGAGAGAUGGCUGUAGUGCAAGCUGCGCAUUCUCAUGGCCACCACCACUACGGUGCCAAACUUGAUGUUGAGGGUUCACAACUUCUCCGUUACCGCGUAAUUGCUAUGGUUAUGGAGUUGGGAAUCAUCGUUCAUUCAAUUGUGAUAGGGAUUUCUCUUGGAGCAUCCAACAACACUUGCUCAAUUAAAGGACUUGUAGCUGCACUAUGCUUUCACCAAAUGUUUGAAGGAAUGGGACUUGGUGGUUGCAUUCUCCAGGCCGAGUACAAGUUUGUGAAGAAGGCUGUAAUGGCCUUCUUCUUCUCUGUAACAACCCCAUUUGGCAUCGCGCUUGGAAUGGCACUAUCGACUACUUACAAAGAAAAUAGCCCUCGCGCUUUGAUUACUGUUGGUUUGCUUAAUGCCUCAUCGGCUGGCCUUUUGAUUUACAUGGCUAUGGUGGAUCUUCUUGCAGCAGAUUUCAUGGGACCAAAGUUACAAAGUAGCAUCAAGCUGCAAAUCAAAUCGUAUAUAGCUGUUUUGUUGGGUGCAGGAGGGAUGUCUGUCAUGGCCAAAUGGGCUUAA